UGCACCGGGCCAUGGCGCUCUAUACGCUCUUUACGCAAGCAUCUAUUCAGAAUUCUCUUCACCACUUGCACUACUUGCCCUGCUAGCUAGUUUUGCACUCUCACCACCCUCUGAGUAAACCGGUUUCACCUUUGUACCCUUUGAACUUCUCACCUUUCACCCUUUAGUGAUAACCUCUUGUUGUAGUACCUCUUUACCUCAGUACAAAAUGCCUGCUUGCAUUUAUCCCACCUAUAUCCCAAUGUAAUUGUGUACACUUGUAUCAAAUCUCCGCUCAACCUUUCAUGUUCCAACGAAUAAAGUCCUAAUCAGUUCACUCUUUUCUUAUAACUUAGGUCUUCCAGUCCAGGUUACAUCCUUGUAAUGUUUUUUCUGUACUCUUUCAAACUUAUUUCCAUCUCUCCUGCAGGUAGGUGUGCAGAACUGCACAUAAUAUCCAAAUUAGGCCUCUCCUACGUCUUAUACAACAUCAUAUCGGACACGAUAUUUUCAUUUACCAGGGUUAAUCCGCUAAGAAACUUUCUUUUAGAGCCUAUCAACAUUUGCUGCCACUUUCAAUGGCUUAUGUCCCUGUAUUCCCAGAUCACCUUGUUCUACCGGUCGCUCAGUAAGAUCUACCCUGAUUGGUCCAUCCAAAGUGCAACAUCUUGCACCUGUCUGUAUUAAAUUGCAUCGGCCCUUUUUAAACCCAUUCUCCGGUUGGUCCAGAUCUCACUGCAAGCUUUUGUACUCUUCCUCUUUGUCCACUGUGCCUUCCCAAUGUUGGAGUCAUCAGCAAAUUUGCUGAUGCUCUUAACCGUAAUUUCAUCAGAUCAUUGAUAUAGAUGACAAACAACAACAGGAACAGCACCGAUCCCCGUGACACUGCACAAGCUACAGGCGCCAAUCAGAAAUGCAACAGUCUAUAGUGACACUCCGGAUUCUUUCCAAAAAAAAGUCACUGAGCUGACAGAGAAGGGAAACCGGGCAGAGAGUUCCAGACUCUUCCUCAGUCUGGUGAAUGGCAAAGGCUCCCGGGCCCGGAGGGCGAUGUGGGAAUCCUUUCUGAUGUGGAGGACUGAGUUACCGAAGUUGGACAGAAUACUGAGGGAAAUACAGGAACUCGGUCCUGAUCCACAAGAAUACUUCAACAUCGGCCAAGGUUUAUAUGAAUUACCCACUCAGCUGAUGGAUGUUCAACAGAAACACAAGGAGACUCUGCGGACACGAACUGAAACACUGAGAGUGAACACGAUCCUGAUGACGGAGAAGGUGAAGGUUUUCCAGCUGGCUGAUCGAUACGCUGAGCUCACGGUCAUUUCUACUGUUCGAGAUCGGACACUGGUGGAACAUGAGCUGCUGGCAAGAGGCAGAGACCAUGAGGAUUAUAGAGAGGAACAACUCCGCAGACAGCUGGAAAAAAUCCGUACUGAUCAGUUAUUCCAGAGCAGCUUUUCCCGGAGUAAAUCCAAAUCUGGGAGUUCAGCAGCAGUGGCCGGAGUCCCGGGGAUCGGGAAAACAACGAUGGUACAAAAGAUUGUUUAUGACUGGGCCAUGGGGAAAAUAUACCAACAGUUCCAGUUUGUCUUCAGUUUCAAAUUCCGAGAUUUAAACAGUAUUGACUGUCGAAUAAACCUGAAGGAACUGAUUCUGGAUCAGUAUCCUUACUUUGGGAAUAUCCUGAGAGAAGUCUGGAAGAACCCAGAGGGAUUACUGUUUAUAUUCGAUGGUUUAGAUGAAUUCAAACACAAAAUCGAUUUUGCGGACAGUCGGAGAGAUGCAGAUCUCAAGCACAAGUGCCCAGAUCCCGAGUGGAAGUGUGAAGUGUCGGACAUUGUGUACAGUUUAAUCCAGGGCAAGCUGCUCCCAGGGUGUUCAGUGCUGGUGACCACCCGCCCCACUGCGUUACAUUUAUUGGAAAAGGCGAAUAUCAGUGUCCGGGCUGAAAUCCUGGGAUUUGUUGGUGAGGAACGGAAGGAAUAUUUUAUCAGACAUUUUGAAGAUCAGACGGUGGCGGAAGCUGUUUUCAAUUAUGUGAAGGAGAACGAGAUCCUGUACACCAUGAGCUACAACCCCUCCUACUGCUGGAUCCUCGCUCUGACACUGGGCCCCUUCUUCACACAAAGAGUCAGGGACCCACAGCGAGUUCCCAAGACCAUCACCCAACUGUACUCCUACUAUAUUUACAACAUCCUGAAAAACCACGGCCGUGAGAUUGAGAGACCCCGUGAUGUGUUACUCAGGGUUGGUCAGAUGGCCUUCAGAGGAGUGUCCGAGAGGAAGAUUGUGUUUACAGAUGGAGAUUUGGUCAACUACAGUCUGCAGCCUUCCCAGUUCCUGUCCGGGUUCCUGAUGGAGCUUUUGGAGAGAGAGGAUUCUGCCCAGAGCGUGGUGUACACAUUCCCACACCUCACCAUCCAAGAGUUUGUAGCUGCAGUCGCACAAUUCCUGAAUCCACAUCCCGGGGAUAUCCUGAAAUUCCUCACUAAAGCCCACAUCACGGUAGAUGGGCGAUUUGAGGUAUUUCUCCGUUUUGUUGCUGGUCUCUCCUCUCCAAUGACAGCUCGGGGCCUGGUGGAGUUUCUGGGUCCAUUUCCUCAUGAAACAACCUGCCGGGUGAUUGACUGGGUGAAGGAGGAGGUUAAACGUCAGAUUGGAAACACAGGGAGUGAAGCUGGUAAAAGGAGCCUCCUGAACACAUUGCACUACCUGUUUGAGUCUCAGAAUCGUGGACUGGCUCAGGAAACACUGGGAUCUGUGGAAACACUUUCAUUCCGUGGAAUGACACUGACCCCGAUUGACUGCGCGGUCCUGUCUCAUGUCAUCGGACUCUGUGAUACAAUAAAACACCUCGACCUGGGGAACUGCCACAUUCAGUGUGAGGGAAUCCAGCGGCUGGGAUCCGGGCUGCACAAAUGCCAGGCGUUGAGGUAACUUGAUUUAUCUCUCACUCGGAACUGUGAAACUGUUCUACUGUGUGAUUUCAAUGUAAAGAGAUUUGGGUUAAACUGUGAUAAAUCAGAUUGUGAAGAAUUGUGACAAAUGCCCAGGGGAUCGGUCAGUAAUUCCCCAAGGACAGGAGGGUUCUGUGGUUCCUUGUGAAGGGAUGUUGGAGACUUCAUCAGAUCAGUGAACAACGACCAUUGGUUUAAUGGUAGUAAAUCACAGGAAUGGCCGUGUUUCCUGCUGCCUGUGACACGUCCAUUGACAAUGUUCCUUCUCACUGUUACUGACACCCAGACCGACACUGACUGCAGCAGAUGGGUCAGAGAUUCACACCC